AACCCGCACAGCACAGAGCAAUCCACAGUACAGACAUUAGCUAAUCACACAGGGCCUUGCUUUCCUCCAAUCAGACCGGCCCUUGCUUGGAUGGUUGCCUGGAGCAGGUCAUGUGCCUGUGCGGUGUGGGCUGGAUGGAGCGCCGCGAUGUGGGUUAGAUGAAUAUAGAAACCUCCUCUCCGUUACCGUGGAGCUGUAUGUAAAUAGAUAGCUGGCAGCGGGCUGGGACACAGACAUUAUCGCUUAGCGACGCACAGCCCGAGCAGUCCAGCUCUGUACAGGGAGCAGCCGGAGAUGCCCAUCACUCGCCUGCUGACACGCUGAGUAGCGGGGAUCCUAUUUGAACACAAACCCCCCUGAUGACACAUUUGUGUGCUUCCCAUACUGAGACUUUGGAGAUGUCGUCUAAGUCAUUGGUACAAAUAUAAGAGUCCAGAGCGUUAUCAAUUCGGGACUUACAGUCUGCAUCUUGUAAGAAAGUGUCGUUGAAACGCCAGGACCAUUGGUGAUGUGCGUUGGGAGAAAUGUAUAGCUCAUGGACAUGAGUAGCAGGAGCCCAAACUCUCAAUAUGACGAGACUGAUGGACCUACAGGAAUGGUUGCUUCUGUCCGGGACUCUGCCAGCAAACAGACUUAUAACACUAAGAAAAAUAUAAGCGGCAAUAUGAAAAGUGAUGGGGAUAUGGCUAUAGCUGACAGGGGAAGAACAAGGAACGCUCCAAAUAAUAGUCCUGAUAAUGAUAAGAUGAGUGACUCCUAUUAUUCUGAUGACGAGGACAACACAACAUAUGGAUCUGACCGAUCCCCAACGCCCAGCUCCAAAUCCAUGUGGCCUCGUGAAAAAAGAGCAGAGUACAAAGCCAGUUCUGUUACGCCAGUUCAUAAACAGUCUAUCAAGAAGGUGAGGUCCAAGAAUCUAUCAAACAAGAGGGGACCACGAUUUAGUUCCCAGAGUGUAAACAAAGAGUCCUCUGUAAAGGACGUUGAUGGUGUUACCAAGAGAGUCCUGUCUGCGCAACACUUAAAAAUAAAUGAACUAGGGAACAAGGUAGCUGAGCUUCAACUGAAACUAGAAAAGUUUCAGAAAGAAAACAAGACUCUAAAGAUGUUGCAGUUCAGGCAAGAAAAGGCCUUGUACAAGUUUGAAGAUACAGGAAAUGAGAUGUCGCAGUUUAUAACUCGGUAUAAUUAUGAGAUCCGUACACUGAAGGAACUCUUACGAAAGUCCCAGGAGAAAGAAAGAAAUGCAGAGAAGAGAUUAAAGGAAACAGAUGAUGAACUGUACAAGGCAAAUGGUGCUUUAAAGAAGUUAAAGCAGCUUUCUGAAAAUCGGCACCUUGCUGAACGGGAGGAGCUAACUAAGAAACUGGACCUUACAGAAAGUAGACUUGAUGAACGAGAAAGAAGAGUCAAGGAGCUGGAGAAGAACCGUGAACUGUCAGAAAACAGUUUCAUGAGACAGCUUAUGUCUGAGAGAAAGAAAGCCCACGAUACACAGGAGGAGAACAAAUUGCUAAAAGAAGAGAUCCAGCGCUUGAUUCAAAAAUUAAAAGAAAAAGAAAGGGAAUUGGAUAUCAAAAAUAUAUUUGCUUACCGUUUCUCCAAACCGUCCUCUAAGAAAGACACUGAACUUACUCCUAGGAAAAAAGACAGAAAUUUGUUUGUUACAGGGACAAACCUUGGCAUCAGCAUUGGUGUUCAGACUAACGAUUAUGCGUGGCUGGAAUUUUCUUCACCACCACCACCACCACCCCCACCUCCAGGUCUAACAGAUGACGAAAUGGAGAGUCAGCAGAAAGUUCUGAGAAUUGAGGAAGACAAUAUUGAGAGGCAGCUCAAACAGGAAGCUGAGAAGCUUAGAAAAGAAAAAGAUCAGGCGGAAAGAAAACGAGAUCAAGAAGAAAAGCAAAUUAGAGAUAAAGAGCAGAAGAUUUUGGAGGACAAAGCAGAAAAACUGCGUGAUGAGUGGGAAAAGGAAGAAUUAGAAAAAAGGAGAAAAGAGGCCUCGUUAGAUCAGAAUAAUCUUGUAAAAGAAGAAAACCUUAACAGAACCGAAGAAGAGAGGCUUAGAAAGAAGCUCUUGCUUGCAAAGAUGUUUGAAAUUGAUAGAGCGAACCAAGACUCCUUUUACUCGGAUUCCUCUAAACCCCUUUCUCCAACACAUCUUCUUGAUACACCAUUUAAAGUGGACACAACAAAUACAAAGCAAAAAACAUACAAGUUCUCGGAGCCAACUGAAAAAUUGUUUAAUGGGCUUCCAGUCCAGUCCGAAAGAGAUUUAACGACUCGUAAAGGUGUAGAAUCCUUUGGGGACUUUAAAUUUGGAACUUAUACUCCUUCUUUUGGAAGUGGAAAACCAGCUGCUCCCAAUCAAAAGAAAGAUGUAUCAGAGGAUCAUAUAAUAAUAACUAAUUCCAAGCUGGACAUACAGAAAGAAAAAAAAUCUAGUUUAAUGGAGGAGCUUUUUGGCAACAGUUCUAACACUACUCUACCUUCCAUUCCUAAAGUCAAUGACCAAAGUAGUUUCGCUUUAAGCAACAGCAAAGUUACAAACCACAACUCCAGCAAUAGUCUUCUUUUGGAACAAAACAUCAGUGGAACAGGAAAAGUUCCUUACCAGUUUUCUGGUGAUGGGAAAAAUAUAAGCUCCAGCAGACACCGCUUGCAGCAUGCACCAGGAAGGGCCGUAGUAAAAGCGGUUGACUCUGUAGAAGAUGAAAUUGAAGAGGUAGUGUUGUAGGAACAUUACUUAAAUGUAUUAAUAUUGAACAGAAAUAUUAUUUAACUUCUUAUUUGUAAACCGCUUCCAAACAUCUGUUGUUGCAUUUUGUAUACUGAUGUUUUAUUUAUUGAUAUUCUUUUAUACAGUGUAGUUUAACAAAUGAUUUUCAGGUAUCAAAACAUACUAACUACGGUAUUUGUGUGUAAUUAUUGAUUCUUUAAUUGGAAUAUGAACACUGUAAUUACAUAGAGAGAUUCGGAAAUAUGACAGUCACUUUUACUUAGACUUCAUUUAAGUGUGUUUCAUCCUCUUUAAAUAAUGUAAUUUUAUUAAAUUCUUAAUGAUCAUCCACCAUACAACUCUUCAUGUGAUAUAUGCAGCAGAUGCUCUAUCUUGUCACCUAACAUGAAAUAUUUUUGUACCUUAUAUAAUUUAAAUAAUAGGAUAUUUAUUUUAAAAUACUACCAAAAGAAAGCCAGAAUCUAUAAUAGGAAAAAGUAUAGAGGGUUAUUGUAUAAAGUACAGUAUGGUCAAAUAAGAACCGUGUUUAGGCAAAACCAGACUUUAUCUUUUUUUUUCAGUAUUUGAUGUUUCACAAAACAUUGUUCAAUUUUUUUUUUGUUUUAAUAAAAAAAAAUUUCAUGUAAAAAAA